CCUUCUCUGUUGUGCCCACGGCACAACCCAACCUCAGUACCUCACACACCUGUUGUCUGUUCCAUCUCCACCUCACACCAAGACGCAGCAGAGAAGCAACAGAGAGAGUGACAGCCAUGGCACAGGGAAGAGGCAGUGCGAUGCAGGGUCUCGUCAUCGGCUUGCUCGUCCCGUGCCUUCUCCUCGGCGCCGACAUCGCCGGCGCUGCCACCUACAAGGUCGACUGGUCUAUGGGUGCGGACAGCUGGUCCGGCGGCAAGAACUUCCGCGCCGGGGACAUACUCGUGUUCAACUACAAUCCGUCCGUGCACAACGUGGUGGCGGUGGACGCCGGCGGCUACGACAGCUGCCGAGGCUCCGGCACCACGUAUAGCUCGGGGAACGACCACGUCACGCUCGGCGCCGGGACGAACUACUUCAUCUGCGGCCUCAGCGGGCACUGCGGAGCAGGGAUGAAGAUGGCCGUCACGGCCAACUGAAGCUAGCUAGCUAGCUGCAGCUGCGCGAGCUCUUCUGUGUGCAUGGGGUAGACAAUAAUAAAUUGUGUUGUGGAACUCAGUGAACAUUAUGGUACUAUGAUGGUGAAGGCUCCGUUUUAAGCUCCAUGAGUAUGUUAAGUUGUCUACAUGAUACAGCGAUACAGCAGGCACAUGUGUUACGUAUGGCGACUGGUAGGUAACGCAUGAUAUGUGUAUGUUCGAUCACCGGCAUGUCAAGUAGUAAGAACUUCAGAUUGGUUUGUUCAAUUGUUCCCGUA